AUGAAGGUUCUCACCAAGGAAGAGGAACAAGCGCAUUACAAUGCUACAGUUAAGGGUGGCACAAUCGGCGGUCUUAUCGGCACAGCAGUAGGCGCUGCGGCUGUUGUGGGCGCAAGCAGACGCUACCACUCCUUCCGAGCCCUCACUGUGCCAUUCCGGGCUUUCCUUAUCGCUUCAACCGGAACCUUUGUUGCCGUCAUCGCCGCCGACCGGGCUUCCGCACAAUACGACAUUGAACACACUCCCGAAAAGAAGCGUCAGAUCGAGCGUGACCAGCAACGAGAAAACCUUCUCGAAGCCAACAAAACGCCCUUCCAACGUGCGAAAGAUUGGGCGACGGAGAACCGUUACCCGCUCCUGUUCGGCUUCUGGGUUGCUUCCAUGGCCGGCUCAUGGCAUAUGGUCAACCGCAACCCUUACCUGAGUGGGUCACAGAAGCUUGUGCAGGCGCGUAUGUACGCUCAGGGUGGUACACUGGCUGCGCUACUAGGCAGCUUUGCCAUUGAGGGUGCAGAUGCGGCCAAGGGCAAGGGAAGGUGGGAGACCAUCAAGAUUAUCGACCCCAACGACCCCGAGCACAAGCACAUCAUUGAGAAGAGGAUCCACCACGAGAGAUAUGCUGGUGAGGACCAGUGGAGAGAAAUGGUCGAAGCUGAGGAACAGCGCCAAAAGGAGCGCGAGAACGCCAAGGCAAAUGGCCAACGAGCCAAGCAGCAAUGA